GAUUCAUCCACCAUUGUUUAACAAGUGAUCAUGCAAAGUUUGCUCUAUCAAGUAAUGUGUUUUCACAAAGAGCUAAAGCAUGCUUGAAAUAAGCUGGAAAUUUAGGGUGAUAAAUUUCCGUUCUGAAUGGUAAAUAUUUUACACUUCAAUGACGUUACAUUGAAAGUGUUUCAAAUUUAAGUUAAAUAACAGCUAGCAUUCAUAAUACAAGAGGACAGCUGAUGCUCUAUGUGAAAUCAUAAAAUAUAAAAGAGCAGAUACCAUUUUCGGAGAACAUUUUCCUUUUUUUUCACUUCAAAUUCAUCUGUUUAAUUUACACACUGCCAUUUGCCGUCUAAGAAGCUUCGUUAGUCCGCGGCAUAUUAUUGACAAUAUAAUAGUAGACGUUGUCUCGGCUCGACCAAUCACAUCUCAGUCGUGGCUUUUGACUUGCAAAUGAUGAGGUUGUUGAACUGAUUUCGAUGAUCCCAGAUCUGCAAAAUGGCUUGAAAGAUCCGGCCACGAUACGAAGCAAAGUGCCUCGGGUUUAGUUGCAGUUUCGAACCGUUUCGAUUGGGAACUGAAACUUGGCAAGGGGUCCAAACGCAGAGUUUUUGCAUUUCGAAGUGGAAGUAACAUCAUUUUGCACCGUCGAAGCAGAAAACGUGACCUACCAUUGCAAGAAAAUUGAUUAAUAUGGGCAAGUCUCCCUGAAUGGAAUUUUCAUGGCCGUAAAGCUAUCUUUGGUGCUAGCGGUAGUGGUCGGAGUAGCCUCGGCCCUAGUCGCCGCGUUGCUAGCCGUGGUGUGCAAAUGCUGCUGGGUAUGGUGGCGUUACCGCAAGACACAUCUUAGGCGCAGUGCCUCUCAGGAGAGUUAUUUCAUCACUCAAAAGAAGCAAUGGCCAGGUGGAGGAUUCACUUAUCAAACAUACGAGAACGGUUCUCUCGCCGAUUAUGACAGCAUGUCUAGCGGCGAAGAGCCAUACAUUGUUGAAACGCCUGGGGAGUUUUACAAACUCCAGUUCUGGGUUGAUUUGAAUAAAGAAGAUGAUCUUUUAAUCAUAGGACUGGUGCAAGCCAAGGGAAUCCUUUGCAAGAGCAACUUUCAAACAGCUUAUGUUUACCCUGUCAUACAGCUUUAUAAAGAAGGGAUAAGUUUGGACGAGAGGGAAAUUGAAAAACAGAAAAUGACUUUUGAUCCGCAAUGGAAUGAGGAAGUUUUGUUUUCAUUGGACGGGCAUCCUGUCGAAACACUAUCGUUUUGCAUUCGGUUGAUCGAAUUAGACUCGUUUUCAAACUCACAUUUAAUUGGUCAGGUGGAGGUAUCGCUAGAAGAAGUAGACUCAACGGAGCCCUCUGGUAAAUCACAACCCAAGUGGUACGAUAUCGCGGGCGAAUCAAAGAAACCAGCUCACCAGUACGUAGGCGAGCUGCUUGUCUCGUUAAACUACUUCCCCACGACACAACGUCUGACGAUUGUGAUCCUUAAGGCGCGGAACCUCAAAGUAGACUCCACCUCUGGACUGUGGGGCCCAACAGUCAAAGUGAUACUUAUAUUGAACAAAACGAGACUGGGUAAGAAGCGAACCGCCAUGCAAAAAAAGACUUUAAAUCCAGUAUACAAUGAGGCUUUUACAUUCAAAGUUACCUCAGAGGCCUUAUCGAAAGUUACCUUCAAGGUCCUUGUGGUUAACAAACAUUCACAUGGUGCCGAUAAAACGGUUGGUCAUGUGCUGCUGGGUCAGCAGGAGACCGGAAGUGGAUUUUCCCAUUGGAAUCACAUGUUAGCCUCGUUGAGGAAGCCCGUCGCCAUGUGGCAUCACAUAAUUCCUGGCGCGUGAAGCUGUGCGCGGACACGAUUUACGAGAAAAUCUUUAUUCUCUCGUUUAUAUUACAGUGCAAUCAACAGAACUUAUGUUUUAUUUUUUUGGGGAAAAACAAUUUGGCUGCUGUGUCGAAAUUCGCUAAUUCUUUUUUAUAAAUAGAGCAGUAUAGGUAUUCUUCAGGAUCAGUGUUGUUCGGCGUUGUUAUUAUUAAUGUUGUUGUGGGGUAGCUUCAAGCUGGGCAACACCACCAGGGGUGGAUCCAGCAAUUUUCGUGACUAGUUUCCACCAAAAUUAAUUUUUCCAUGAGACUCGAAAUCUAAUGGCGUAGCUCUAAGCCCGCUAGGAGGGUCUGGGGGGCGGGGCAGGCUCCCCCCGAAAUUUUUGAAACUUGGAUUUUCUGUAAUACAAUCUGGUGCAUAUUUGGAAAUAUAUAUAAGAUCAAAACAAGUAUAAAAAUUUAAAUCCACAAAAUUUGGAAAUUUUCCUGGUGAACACUCACUAAAAACAUUUUGUAAAAUUA